AUGGGAUCUACCAAUACGAUUAGGGAGAUUAUGAAGCUCGCAGCGACCAACCGCAAGGAUAUUACCUCUAAACCGGGAGCAAUCUUCGAAUAUGCCGAACUCGAGAAUGCAGCGAAAUGGGCUCACUAUGGCACCAUGGCAAAUCAGGGACAAAUCUGUACAGCUACAAGCAGAGUUCUUGUGCAGGACAAGAUUUACAAGCAGUUUAUUGACCUCUUUGUUUAUCAAGUCAAGAACUUCUCCAAGAUUGGCCACCCCCUUGCCCAAGGGACUUUCCAGGGCCCCCAGAUAUCACGAGCCCAGUACGACCGAGUCUUGUCAUAUUUUGAAGAAGGGGCUACCGUCGGCUUUGGCGGCAAGCCUCAUCUGGGCGUCAACGGCAAGGGCUUCUUUAUUGAACCUACAGUUUUUACUAGCGUAAAAGAUCACAUGAAGCUUUCGGGAGAGAAGGUUUUUGGCCCCUUGGUCGCCAUUAGUUCCUUCUCAGCUGAAGACGAGGCCAAAUAUAGGCGGUAG